AUGGACCCGAUCAAGUACCUUUUUGAGAAGCCAUCCUUGAUUGGAAGAAUGGUCAGGUGGUUGUUGUUGUUAUCAGAAUUUGACAUAACCUAUGUCAAUCAAAAAUCCAUAAAGGGGCGAGCAAUAUCAGAUCACUUAGUCGCGCAUCCAACAACGUCAGAUUCACGGCCCGUGGAAGAUUUGUUUCCUGAUGAAGAGUUGUGUCUCGUUAGAGAAAGUAAAGAAGCAGGAUGGCAGUUAUACUUUGAUGGAGUUGCAAACCAGAAGGAAUAUGGAGCGGGUGUGUUGCUAGUAACUCCUGAUGGGUCUCAUUUACCUAUGUCUUUCCGUCUAGAAUUCAGUUGCACCAAUAAUAUUGCAGAAUACAAAGCAUGCGCCAUUGGUUUGGAAAUGGCCUUAUCUAAGGGUGCAGAAAGAAUUAAAGUAUUCGGAGACUCAUCAGUAGUGAUUUGUCAGACUCAAGGAAAGUGGAAAACAAGACAUGACGAAUUGAAACCCUAUCAAGAGUAUCUAGAGCAGAUGAUCAGGUGCUUUAAGAAAAUCUCUUUCGAAUAUCUGCCAAAGGACAAUAAUAGAUUUGUAGAUGCUCUGGCUACUUUGGCCUCCAUGUUAGAAUAUAAUUCCCAAGCCAAAAUAUGA